AUCAACCUUUACCAAGAUCAACCAUCAAUCAUCGACAAAUUCGCAGAUCAUCCUCACCAAAGCCUCAACCUCAACACAUGGCUAUGUUUGGCACCUCAGUGUCCGCCCUCUGUCUGCUGUUCCUGCUUACUUUAUGCACUGCCUGCUACAUCUCCAACUGCCCCAUAGGAGGCAAGAGAUCAGCACUAGCUUUCCCAUCCAGAAAGUGCAUGUCGUGUGGCCCCGGGGACAGGGGUCGCUGCUUUGGCCCCAAUAUCUGCUGUGGGGAGGGGAUGGGCUGUUACGUGGGCUCCCCCGAGGCAGCUGGCUGCGUGGAAGAGAACUACCUGCCCUCCCCCUGUGAGGCCGGAGGAAGAGUGUGUGGCUCUGAGGAGGGACGUUGUGCUGCACCGGGGAUCUGCUGUGACGUGGAGGGUUGUAGUAUUGACCAAUCCUGUACUGAGGAGGAUGAAGCCGAAUACAUAAGCCAAUCAGUGAGCAGUAGCCAUGGCCAUGAUCUGCUGAUGAAGCUUCUGAACAUGAUUAGCCACACCCCUCCCCACAGAGUCCACCAAUAAAACAGCCUCUACAGGUAUUCAGGGGCAGUCCUGAGUUGAAAGACAGUGUAAAAAAUCUGUCACAUCUCAAUGUCAGAGGCAUACCUAUGUACAUAGAUUUUGUACAGAAGACAGACAUAGAUGUAAAGGAUUAGUUUUGCUUGUAACUGUUUGUGUAAUCGCUUGUGCUUCAAGAGUCAAAUAAAGCUUACUGUACAAAAACAACUGUCAGGAUAGUCAAGA